GUGAUUAAAUUUGAAACUUCCCAUAAGCAAUCAUGCCACCUGAUCCCUUCGAAAAUGAGUUAAACUUAGCAAAUGCUCCUGUUCCUCCCAGCGUGAACUCUGUACCUCCCGUAGUUUUUGUUGAAGGGUUCAUGGGGUCCGGUAAACAAAAAAAUUGGGGUCCGCUUGCCGAAAUAUUUAAAAAUACAGGUAUUGAUCAAAAUUGUAGCAGAAAACUCAUUUUUGUGAAGCCCGGCUGUUGUAAUUCAUUGCAUGAUAGGGCAAUUGAAAUAUUCUAUCAGAUCAAGGGCGGAAGAGUUGACUAUGGAGAAGAGCAUGCAAAAGAAUUUGGACACGCUCGUUUUGGUCGCAGAUACAAGGGAUUUUACCCCCAAUGGAGCGCAUCAAACCCGGUCCAUUUUCUAGCACAUUCAUUGGGAGGCAUUACCAUUUGGAAAUUACAACAAUUACUAGCAUGUGACAUAUUUCCCGCUUCUCUAAAUCCACAUCCUGACAUGAUACUUUCUCUAACUGCUGUAUCAACACCCUUUAAGGGAACUCAAGGUGUCUAUCUUCUCGGUAGCACGAUUAAUCCAAAUAACAUUAUUCGCCCAUUUUCUAUAGGUUGUUGGCUUGGUCGAUUUGUUCACAUUUAUGAAUACUUUAAUAUUCAAUGGCUAAAAGAACUAUUUUAUGACUUCAAUGUUGAUCAUUGGAAUUUUUAUUGGAAAAAUGUGUGGGGAUGUGCUAUAACAGAGAAAGAGCAACAAUCAGAUAAUGACAACCAAAACACGUCUGAAGAAAUAAAACAAAGUGUUGCAGGCAAAACCUAUGGAUUAUUGUAUUGCUUGUAUAAAAGUCCAUGGUUGUAUAAUAAAGAUAAUGGCCCAUUUGAUAUGACUAUACACGGGAUGAAAAUUGUAAACGAAACGAGUCGAAUAUUUCCAAACACAUUUUAUCGCUCUUAUGUUACAACUAUUACUUGCACGGAAAAUUCAAUAUAUCAUACCCCAAAGCCCUCAUUAUCCCUGUAUUACCCAAUAUAUUAUCUUUCCUACAAAAUUGGCCGUUUUCGAUUCCCAGAAGCAUACAAACAAUAUCAACCCAUUACUGAUGAGGAACUACCCGAAUGGUAUGAAAAUGAUGGUCUAUGUCCCAUUAUAUCUCAAUAUCAUCCCUUUUCAUGCUCUCCCGGUUAUUGUACCCAUCAUGAUGGUAUGCCACUAUCUGAAAAAUACAAAUAUCAACAUUCAUAUCAAGUUUCUACAAAAUCAAGACCAAAUCCCAUUCGUGGACAAUGGGAAGUGUGGAAGAUCGAGGAUACAACACAUUGGAGUAUCAUUCCAGUUUGGUACAAUGAUCCAAAGCAAAUGGAAUUUUUUGUUGGAUAUAAAGAAUACCUUGACCAAUUGGAUGCAUUACAUUUAUAGUUCAAAAAUAUUUUACAUAGUGCAAUUAGAAUGUGAGAAUAUAAUUAAAAAAGAAUGUGGCUAUUUUAAGUUUCAAUGCUAAUUAUUUAUUUAGGUUUAAUUUAAUUUAAUAGAGUUAUAAAGAUAAAUUAAUUUACAAAAAGGUCACUCAAGAAAGGUGGCUUUUAUAUGGAAUGAAAAACUGGUUUCCUUAAGAUUUCAUAUUAAAUAUUUUUGAUGCAUAAUUAUAAACUAUCAAGUUUUUUUUCAUCUAAUAUAAUUU